UGUAUAACCUUGAAAUAUUUAUCAAUCGUUACGUGUUUCUUUGAAUGUGGACAAGGUUUUAUUCGUUACCUUAAAAGAAAAAUGUAUUUUAAUGCUCUUCUGCUUUUAUCUAUUGUCGUUUGUAUAAUUUUUUCAUGGAUAAGAUGGAGAAAGGGGAAAAUGAAUUUAUUCCAAAGAUAUGGCAUUCCGGGUCCGAAACCUAAUUUCAUUACUGGAAAUAUGAAUGAAUUUCACGAAAAGAGAAACAAAUGUAUAGACGAAUGGUUGCAACAAUAUGGAAAUAUAUUUGGAUUUUUCUUCGGAGCCAAGCCUUAUCUAGUCUGCAAUGACUUGGAACUGAUAAAAAUUUUACAAGUAAAAGAAUUCAAAAAUUUUGCAAAUAAAGAUUUAGUACUUCCUGAUUCGGGAAUUCCUCAUAAAUUGUAUACUCAUUUUAUGGAAUUACAACACGAUGAAAAAUGGAAAAACACGAGAAGUAUCCUUAGUACCUCGUUCAGUUCCGGAAAAAUUAAAAUGAUGAGCACUUUAAUGGAGGAUCCAAUAAAUAUAUUUCUGAAGAAAAUUGAAAAACUAAAUGGAAAACCUUUUGACAUUCUUGAAUAUUUUAAAAAAUUAACAUUUGAUGUUAUUUGUAGUUCAGCAUUUGGCAUUAAAACUGACGUGCAAAAUAACGAAACGAGUAAGUUCAUUCAAUCCGCACACACUAUCUUCGAAGUUGAUUCUACUGAUAUUUUGUGUACCAUAUCAAUUUGUUUCCCGGAAUUUGAACCUAUUCCAAUGUAUUUAAGACAGUUUAAAGACGCCAUUAAAAACAUGUUAAACCUUCCAGCUGUGAGUGUUGUUUUCGAUACAUGUAAACAAAUAAUCAACUCUCGAAAAAAAUCCGAGUAUCAUCCACCAGAUCUGCUACAGACUAUGAUAGAUGCCGAAGGCGAUUCGGAAUAUGAAGCGAAAAAACUUAGUGUCGACGAAGUUAGUGCUAAUGCCACCAUUUUUAUAGUAGCCAGUUAUGAUAAUACUAGCAAUACAUUAGGAUGGAGUACAUAUUAUCUUGCUCAUCAUCCCGAAGCCCAAGAUAAAGCUUUACAAGAAAUAAAUGAUAACAUUAAAAAUCACGAAGCUAUCCAAUAUACAGAUUUAGUCAAAUUAAAAUACUUGGAUCAAGUCUUAUCGGAAACACUUCGUUUAACACCAUUGCCAAUAGUUGCGAUAAAUAGAAUAUGUAAGGAAGAUUUUCGAUAUAAAGAUGUGACCAUUCCAAAAGGAGCCGUUGUACUUGUUCCUGUGCCUAUCCUUCAAAAAGACUCUAAUUACUGGAAAGAUCCGGAGAAAUUUGAUCCCGAAAGAUUUUCGCCGAAGAAUCACAUCGAUCCAUUUAUUUACCAACCAUUUGGCGCGGGACCUAGGAUUUGUAUAGGGGUGAGAUUGGCCCAAACAAUCAUGAAAUUGAUUCUAGCAAAUCUUAUUAGAUCCUUCAAAUUAGAACCACACGGAGAUUCGGAAUUGGAAUUGGAACAUACUUUAUUUAUGACUCGUCCUAAAAAUGGUAUAAUGAUGAGGGCAAUACCAUACAGUAAUGCAGCUUCAUAGGGAAGUUAUUAUCUAGAUGCAAAAUUUGGAAAUCCUUUAGCUGAAAUUGGAAUUAAACAUUAAAAUUUUAAGUUUUAUAAUUGUC